CGGAGUUGGGUAGCAACGGCGGCGGAGGAAGGAAGGCGGGGGUCGAGCGCGAGGCGCGCCGGGAGUUUGCCAGGGGCCUGGUCCGGUCCGGGGCGAUCGGGGCGCCGCCAUGCAGGGCUCCAUGGUGCGGCGGACGCAGGAGCUGCUGGGGCGAGUGAUACGGAAGCCGCCCCUCACGGAGCGCCUCCUCAGCAAGCCCCCCUUCCGCUACCUGCACGACGUGAUCGGGGAGGUAAUUAGAUCAACUGGGUUCAUGAAAGGAUUAUACACAGAAACAGAGAUGAAAUCUGAUAAUGUCAAGGAUAAAGAUGCAAAAAUCAGCUUCCUUCAAAAGGCAAUUGAUGUGGUCAUCAUGGUGACAGGAGAGCCACUGGCAGUGAAACCGGCACGUAUUGUUGCUGGGCACGAACCUGAAAGGACCAAUGAGCUACUUCAAGCAAUUGCCAAAUGCUGUCUUAAUAAGCUAUCCAGUGAUGAAGCUGUUCAAAAAGUUCUUGCUGGAGAGAAAGCAGAUAUCAAAGGAAAUACUUCAUCAUCUUCUAAAUCCCAAAAUAAAGAAUCUAGAUCAGAAGACCAUCGUUCCUAUAAAGAGGGAAGAGGUGACUCCGAAACAAAGGAAAGAGCCCCACGCCAAGACCAAAAAUCCAAAGAAGAGUUAAAAGAGGAAGAGAGCAAGAGAAAAGAAAGCGACAAAUCUAAAGAAUAUGCAAACCAUCAAAAGAAUCCUGAAAAAGAUCGUUUUAAAGAUGGGGAAAAGCAUGAAAGAGAGAAAACUAAGAACAGAUCUUCCAAACAGGGCAGAGAGACUGAGAAGAUCAGGGACAGAGAAAAAGGAGAAGGAGAAGGAGCUAAAGAGGAGCAUGACAAAGAAAGGGAUAGAGAAAGGAAACAACACGACGUAGGAAGAGAAAAAGACAGACUAAGAGAAAAAGACAGAGAAAGGGGUAGGGAGAAGGAUAAAGAACAUGAGAAGGUCAAAGAAAGGGGAAAGGAUAGAGAAAAAGACAAACGAAAAGAGCGAGGCAGAGACACAGAGCAGUCACGAGAACAAGGAAAAGACAAAGAUAAAAAGGCCACAGGAAGUGAGGAGAAUGUGGUUAAAAAGUCAGAACGAUCUGAAAAAGAAAAAGAUAGUACGGAGCCAGAUAAACAAAGUGAGAAUGCAACAAGAUUAUCAAGACAUCAUUCAACUAAGGGGCCGAGACAACGAGAUAAACCCGGAGGUGAAGGACGAAAGGAAACUAGUAAAACCUUAUCUAGUGGUACCAUUGAAAGAGCAGGUAGUAUAUUGAAAGAAAAAUUUCAGCAAUCUGUUCAAACACAGGAGCCAGGAAUAAUGAAAGGUAAUAGCAGUGCAGCUAGACAUGCAGAUGAGAAACUGACAACUAUUUUACACAGAAAAGUUGAAGCAGAGAUUGCAGUAAAGCAGAGAGGUGAAACAGUCAAUGAUGCAGAAGGUGAUACCGUUCACAUUGCUGCCUCUGAAAAAAUAGUUGUUUCAGAGAAUAAUGAAAUUGCUAGUGAAUCUCCUACCCAGGUUGCCCAAAGAAGACUGCCACGACCAAGCAGCGCAAGACCAGCUCCCCCUCGGAUAAAACGCCAAGAAAGUACGGAAAUUAUAGUGCCAGAGAGAAAUGGUAGUGCCAAAGUAGUGUCAAAUGUAAUUAUAGACAAAGAGGAUGAAGAGGAUGACCAGUUUGUAGUAGAGGCAGCACCGCAGCUACCUGAAAUAACAGAAAUGACAAUGGAGGCAACAGUUGAGUUGGAAGGAGAUGAGAAGCAUGGGGGGCUUGUCAAAAAAAUAUUGGAAACAAAGAAGGAUUAUGAGUCGUCACAGUUGCCAAAAUCUGCUGAGAAGGAAAAACCACUUCUAUCAGAAGCGACAAGGAGGAAGGAAAAGGACUUAGUAGCAAAAGAAAUUGAUAAGUUUCGUGGAUCAAUUCAGGCUCUUUGUCGGAGUGCUCUCCCUCUUGGAAAAAUUAUGGACUACAUACAAGAGGAUGUGGAUGCCAUGAAGACUGAGCUCCAGAUAUGGCAGAAUGAAAAUAAACAGCUUGAAGAGGCUCUGCAGAAAGAGCAAAGUAUCACAGAUGGUGUUGUGGAGCCCUUGAAAGCAGAACUUGUGGAGUUGGAUCAGUUGAUCAAAGACGAACAAGACAGGAUUUGUGCGAAAAGGGCAAACAUUUUAAAGAAUGAGGAGAGAAUUCAGAAGAUGAUUCAUAAUAUCAAUUCCAGGAGGUGAAGACAGGGAUGAAAAAACAAAAUUACAUUGUGUGCAAAUAAAACUGUUGCAUACAACAGUACAUACAAUUUCAAGUUAAUUUAUUCACAUGAUUGUGUAUAGCCUUGGAAGAUUGACAUAGUUUAGAUGAAAUUUGCCAUUCAUUCAGGUUAAAAAAGCAUUCAAUACAAAAUACUCUCUAUAUUUAACCUAUUGUGAUAGGUUUUCUGGUCUUUUUGGAAGAUAUUAGCAUUCUGUAUCAUUUCAUACCAGUAUCUCCAUGAUCAAGCUUUAUAACCUGUAUUUCUACUAUAAUCUGUGGCAUUUUUGAGCAAACAGGAGUUACUCUGUUGGUAUUACAAGAUAUGAAGUUUUGUGAGUUUAUAGUGGGCAAUAACACAUCCUCAUCUUGACAAAUUAGGAAAAUGAGCAAAGGAUUCCUGCAAAGCAAGAUCCGAAAUCCUGUUUCAUGUGUUUCCUUAAGUCACACAACAUGACAGAUAACCUAAAAAAAGAAGCUUUGAUUAUAGUUGUAUGGCCUUUGUGUCCUUGAAAUGAGUUGGUUUAAAUACUUAUGUUACAAUUUUAAGUUAGAGAAGUAGUAUCAGGUAUAUGUGGGUAUGUUUAUGCAUUUAAAGCAUAUAUUCAAGGAGGAUGUCCAGAUUUUGUUACUGAAGGGUCCCUACCAAAAACACAUUCCCAGUGCUUCAUAUAUAUUGAACACCCUUCAGAGCCAUUUGAUGUGUACAAUUCCCAGAAUUGUACAAGAGAAGGAAUAACCUGCCUUUUCAGCUUCAGAAAUUCCUUGUCAUGGUGGUUGUCUGUGUUCCAGCAUAAUUCUUGAAUAUUAGAAGUGUCUCCUCUCAUGUUUCAGGCAGUAUAGAAGGAAUAUCUGCAAUUGAAAUGUGGUUCUGAGAUGCCCCAACUGCUUUGCAAGGAACCGUAAUUUAUAAUAGUCCCAUGUUUCCUAAUUCUCAGGGAUAUAGACCAUAGUUCCUGCAAGGUGCCUCUGAAGUGUAGCGUGGGCGCUAUGAUGAUCACCUACUUGGAAUUUCAAAGAAGGAUGGAAGCUCAGCUUUGUGACAUUGUACUUUAAAAUUCCCUCAUUGCAUAGUUCAGUUGCAAUUUUUUUCUCUCUCCACUUCUUAACUCCCAAGUUUGCAAGGGAUAGGCAAAGAUACUAACUGUGACAGGUGAAUUUGGGCACUUCUGCUAAUGGAUUUUGAAGUAGUCAGUCCCAUACUACAUGAAUGCACAAAUUUAAUAUAACCUGAAAGUCUGUUUCUUUUUUCAGAGCUAUCUAUUGUUUCAGUCAAGCAUAAUUUCUUCCCCUUUCUUUUAUGUUCUUUUAUGUUACUGUCUUCCCAUUUACAAACUGAUCAUCUCAGUUACAUUUAUUGUGGGUUGAGUAUGGUUUACUAGAUGUGAUGUAUGAUAAAUGUGAUUUUGAAACUUCAAGUCUUGGGUCAUUCAGUAAUAUAAGAACAUGGCUUUCUGCAAUACUUCAGGCAUGGUGCAAUUUGGUAUCCUAACAUCAUGAACAAAACAGUUGCUUAGAAGCAUUGGAUUUUAGUUUGAGUAAAUAACUUUGCUUAGGAUAGCUGCCUAAGCUUUUGCUGAGCUGUGUAUGAUUUUGGUUAUAUGUAUGCUGGCAGGUAAAGUUUUUGUUCCUUCUUUCCACUAAUUUGAACUCUCGUGACUUUUCUAAAACAUUAUGCCAGAUUUCCUAUCACAGUUGUUUUGACAAACAUGUCAAAGGAAGCACAACAGGGGUAUGUUUAGUAUAUGAAUAUAAUGAAUUCAUUGUGAAUAAAAUAUUAAUUUGAGAUCUAGGGAAAGUUAUAUCAGAAAGGGUUUUUUAAAAAAAGCUGCUCAAGUUACUGUCUUCUCAAAAUGCACAUUAUAGUACACAUGCAGCUUAAUUCAAUUGGUGGUAGCUCUCAUUGAGUUUUUUCUGUGAAUCCAUAUAAAGGGUUAGGCCAGUUUAUUUUACAAGAGUCCAGCAUGGUCUCUCGGUGAAUAAAAAAAUGUACAGCAUAAUAUAAUUUGUAUUAUAACUUUUAUUUUUAUUUUUAUAUGAAAUAAUUAAAUGAUCUAUUUUUAAUAGUGGUUGGAUUGUACAGUUAUUUUGGAAAAAAAAUCAAUAAAAUAAGAAACCAAC